AUGCCCAGCGCACCUCUCGCACUCACUGCGCUCGCCGUGCUGGCGGCACGCGCCGCAGCCAUCGAGCUGCCGCUCGGCGCCGGCAAGGCGUGGUACCAGCAGGCGUACCCCGUGCCGUACUUCACCGCCGCGCGUGUGCGGCCGAUCGACUUCCUCAUCGACGCCGUCUGCCUCAGCCUGGCGCUGCUCUACCUCGUGAUGCACCGCAUCGGACGCGCGCGCAACCGCACGCUGGCUCAGACGUGGGCAGACCUGGCGGCGCCCAUGCUGCGCAACGAGUUCGCCUCCGUCGGCAAGGGCCGCGAGAUCGGCGCAGAGGGCGAGGAGACGCUCGUGUGGAACGGCGGCGCUGAGGCUGUCAUGUAUGCCACUGGCCGUCGCGGAGUCGACUCCAUGCACGCCGGCUUCAAGCUUAAGCCGCUGCACGACCCGCUCGCGCUGCUCUACAACUUCGCCGGCGACGUCAUUGCUGCCAGCGGCACCUCGUCGAUCCGCGACCAGCUCAUCCUGCACUUUGCGCUGCCGUACCAGCAGCCCGACAACAUCUCCGGCGUGUUCGCCGUCGUGGCCAAGGACGCGUUGCGCCGCACGCGCGCCGGCCGCUUCGACCUUACCUUUGCCAAGCUGGCCGACGACGCCGAGGCGAAGAAGCGCGGCCUGGCCGAGAACUUCAGCAUCCUGAGCGAGGCCGCUGACCUCAGCGACUCGCUGCUGUCCGAGAAGGUCGGCGUUGUGGAGGUGCUCAACGGCCCGGCCGGACACCUCCUCGACAGCCUGGUGCUCAGCGACCAGCCGCAGGAGAAGCCCGAGGACGGCCCGCAGCCCGUCGAGAAGCGCCGCCGCAUGCUGGUGCUCACGCUCAAGGCGCCGCGCAACGCCGCCCAGGCGCGCGACUCGCUCGCCCUCGUCGAGGCGGCGUGCAACAUUGCCGAUGCCAUCGAGCUCGGCACGGCCAAGCUGCGCGAGAUCACCGUCACGAAGCUGCGGCGCACGCGCGCCGAUGUCGACAAGCAGCUGCAGGAGGAGGCCACGAAGGAGCAGCGCGAGGAGGAGGAGGAGGCGCGCCUCAACGCCAAGGCCAAGGCGGCCAAGGACAAGAUGGCCGGCCUCUCGGAGAAGGAGCAGGCGCGGCGGAAGGAGAUCGAGCGCAAGCGGCAGAUGAAGAAGCAGGGCAAGUCCACCAAGGUUCGCUAAGCCCAGCGCUCGUGCUUCUGGCGAACGUGAGAGUAGUGACGCUGCCACGCGCCGCUUGACUCGCUGCAAGAAUCGGAGGAAAUUAAUCAAAGGUGCCCUUGCAUUA